CCUGGCCCCCAGCGGGCGUCGCCGCUCCUCGUCGCCUUGACGCCUGGCCCAACGCCUCGGCGCAGGACUACCAGUGCCCCGCAAGCUGCGAGCGCACUCUGCGCCUGGGGAAACUUUACCCCGCGGCCGAGUCUCUGCCAGAGUUGCUCUGAAGCUGUCAUCAGAAGACUUCAAACAUAUCUCUCAGUUCCUUCCCAGAAAGGAAAAGGACAGCUAGAAGAGAGUUACACCCACUACCCACCGGGACUCAAAGCUUCUCCAGGCUGGAAAUGGUUUCCUCAUCUUCAUCUCUAACACAAACAUUACCUAGGCUGCUGCUGUGUGGACGGGCUCGCUAUGUGGGCGGGCUGCUGAGAGCUGUGCCCAUUCCAGCAAGGACGAGCUGGGCUGCUGAGAGACAUACCUGAGCCCCUCUAACUAGGAGACUUCAUCCUGCCGACUCCUGGAGAACUACCCAGGUGGAGAACCAUGGAGGGCGACUGUCUGAGCUGCAUGAAGUAUCUGAUGUUUGUUUUCAAUUUCUUCGUAUUUCUGGGAGGUGCCUGUCUUCUGGGCGUUGGCAUCUGGGUCCUGGUGGAUCCCACCGGCUUCCGAGAGAUCGUGGCUACCAACCCCCUGCUGACCACCGGCGCCUACGUUGUACUGGCCAUGGGCGGUCUGCUGUUUCUUCUGGGCUUCCUGGGCUGCUGCGGGGCUGUCCGAGAGAACAGGUGUCUGCUGCUAUUUUUUUUCCUGUUUAUCCUGAUCAUCUUCCUGGUAGAGCUCUCAGCAGCCAUCCUGGCCUUCAUCUUCCGGGAACACCUCACCCGAGAGUUCUUCACCAAGGAGCUUACCAAGCACUACCAAGGCGAUAAUGACACGGACGUUUUCUCUGCCACCUGGAAUUCCGUCAUGAUCACAUUUGGCUGCUGUGGGGUCAACGGACCUGAAGACUUCAAGCUGGCCUCAGUGUUUCGGCUGCUAACACUGGACACUGAGGAGGUGCCCAAGGCCUGCUGUCGGAGAGAACCCCAGACUCGAGAUGGGGUGGUACUGAGCAGGGAGGAGUGCCAGCUUGGGAGGAAUCCAUUCAUAAACAAGCAGGGCUGUUACACUGUGAUCCUCAACACCUUCGAAACCUAUGUCUACCUGGCUGGAGCCUUUGCCAUUGGGGUGCUGGCUAUUGAGCUCUUCCUCAUGGUCUUUGCCAUGUGCCUCUUCCGGGGCAUCCAGUAGGCCUUGGCCUGAAGACACUCAGCCCACCACUGCCCAGCAGCCAGCCCCCUCCCUUCCCUGUCCUCUGGCCCCAGGGGAGGAAGCAAAGCCAGCCCAAACAGCCAGGAGCAUAAAGUUAAUGUUUAAAAAAAAAACAGAACAAAGACAGACAUGAACCGAAGGGGCCUCAUCCACCCAGACGGGUCAUGGGCUCUAUAAGGACCUAGGGCUGGCCUGAGAUCAACUGUUCCUGAGACCAAAAGUUCAUCAGCCUCAGAGCCACUUGGCCCUGUCAGACUGGAGUGUCCCUUGGCCUGGGUUCCCCUCUCUUAGCAUUUCCAGGAUCUGAGCAACCAGGAGGUGGAAACACACCCUGGAGGAGGAGCUCAGGCCCCAGGAGACUGCUUUUCACAACACAAGGACAGACUCUGCAGCACCAUCUGCCGGAAAAUGAAGCUGUCCCUACGUCUGGCUGGCUGAGAGUGGCCAUGUGUGGACACUGGAUCAGAAGGUGGCCCUUUCAUUUCCACAUAUUUUAGAUCAAAGCCUCUCCAUGGCCCAGAAAAGGGCAGUGGCCCAUCCACAGUCACAUAGCAUGUGCAUGAAGGUCAUCUCCAGGCUUCUGUCACUCCAGCCAGGACUCCACCCCAAUGUAAACUGACCAGGAACUGCCCGGACCAAGUUCUACAGCUGAGAAAGUUCACACUGUGUCCACUCUGCCCUGCUUGUACCUCUGUCAGAGAUCCAACUGUGAUACAUCACCUGUCCCCAUGGGCCAUACCCCAUCCCUGUUCUCCCAGGUGGAAGACACCCCAAUAUUGUUCAUUUCUCUCUUUCUACCCAGAGCUGAGGCUUAAAUAUGUUCUUCAAGGUUCCUGCCAAGAAUUCUCCCCUUACAUACCUCCACGUAUGGAUGGAGUUCACUACCUCCCAAUGCAGCCUCCUGCCUUCAGAUGUUCUGACAUCACCACCACCUCAGCAGACAGAAGGGGUUUUCAUUUUCCAUUCAUGUACCCCUUCACUCUCUCUCCUUCCUAGAGAUUAAGGUCAUGCCUCUUAUCUGCAGACUUAACCCCACAGCAUCUCCUACCAUGAUACUUUUUGUCCUUUUGCUGUACAUGUACUUUGUUAUUCUCUCUAGGCUCAGAUUACCCAGACUAACAGGCUCACAAACAGCCAAAACACACACACACACACACACACACACACACACACACACACACACACACACACACACACACUUGAACUGCAGACUAGGUUAUCUGGUUGCAAAAUGCCUGACCCUGCCAGGACCAUGUUGAAUCCAUUAGUGUUGUCGGUCAGGAUCUCAAGUUUGAUUAAUUAUGUCUGCCAAGGGCACAGCAAUGGGGGCAGUGGUGGAAGGAACAACUAGGUGCCUGCUCUCCUCUCUCAGAUGGAAGAGCCUGGCUCCAGCCUCCCUUUGCCUUCCUGCCACCUGGGAGUCAUUGCUAUAACCUGCUCUGUGCUGCUGUCUGGCUUCAAGGAGACACUCCUCCCAUUUCCUCUCCUCUUCAUGUGGUCCUCACCCAUCCUGGCCUUCCCAGGGGUCUCUGAGUGCCAUACAGACAACUUACUUGACAUCCCCAUAAAUUAAACAGUGAGCUCUCUAGAGGCUGAGUCACCAGGUUAGGGGGCCCCUCUGCUGGCUUCUACCCCAGACUAAGAAGACCCAGGCUGACUCAGAACCCAGCAUAUACUGGACUCUAACUGUCUAGAGAGGCAAAUGACUCAGCUAUUGAUUGGAAGCUCAUGGCCAGACUGAGGAGGAGCCCAACCACAGUGGCUGCUACCCAGAACUAGCCCAGGCUUCCAGAAAUGGGCAGGGUUGGGGACAGAGAGGGCUGAGAAGGCAGAUAUCAAACCUAGGCACGGCCAGGGUAGAUCAGAGACUCUCACCAGAACUUUCCAUACUUAUGUUGUAGUGCUCCAAAGUAGCCCAGAUUCAACCCAGCUGUAGAUCCAGUUUCUCAGCAUCCUCAUAGGACCAGACAGAGACCACUGCAGUCUUCCCCCUCUGAGGUUGUAGACAUCUACAAGGCUGUCUGACGACAUCCUGAUGGCACUUGGUGAGCUGCUCUGUGUACUCCCAGAGAAGGAGAGGGGAACCCUCCCAAGGGGAGCCCUUCCUUUACCUCUCACCCCAGAACCAACCUCACCUAGAUGCAGAGACCCUCAGCCCCUGCCUGUCCCAGAGCCACCCAGACAGUUGACAGGCAAGGAGCGAAGGCUGGAUCUGUGACUCAUGCUCCCCUCAGCACCCUGUCCCAAGCCCCUGGCCUGCCUGAGUACACACACACACACACACAUACACACACACACACACAUAUGUUAAAGUCUAUUUUGGAAUUUGUAAAUGUCCCUUGCAGUAGGAAACAGAGCUAAUUUAUCAUUGUAUCUCCCAAGUCGCCCCUUUUUAUAUUCUAUAUCAAGAGAAAUUUUGUAAUAUAAAACAGGACACCACACA